AUGGAGAUCUGGGGAUGCGAUUCUAUGUCACAUAAAUGUGGAAACAUGGUAUCGAAGGCUGGCAUAUAUGGCCACCGAUGCGUCAUCUACGCCAGAGAUUAUGACACAGUCACGAGUCGUGCAUCGACGUAUGCAAGCUGGCCCAAAAUAAUCAAUCCAAGCCGUGUAUUCAACGGUGUAUACGCCCGUCCUCUGAACUGCAUCCACAAAGAAACACUUAUCAGGACAGAGAAUACGUCCGACCCAUAUAUUGCCGUCUCAUACGUUUGGGAUCCUGAUCCGGUUUUCACUCAUUGCCAGUGGGUCGGCAGGUCUGUCACAACACAAGCAUUGCAGCUCGCCGCACGGCUGGGGGCACAUACUUCUCUUCCCCUCUGGAUCGACGCUAUUUGUAUCCCACAGAACGAUACUCCAGAGUCCACACGUGUGAAGUUGAUGGAGCUUGCAAAAAUGGCGGACAUAUACCGCGGAGCGCUGGGCGUCCUGUGCAUAGUCCCUGAGGUCGACGAUGAAACAUGUACCUUCGUCGAGCAUAGUGCUGCAAUGCUAGACAUGGAUGGUUAUCGCAUGCUCGAACAGGCAGGCGAUGCCCACGGUGCCUAUAUGUUCGCAUCCAGAGGCGGGAGUGACGUGUUGCGGACGCUCUACGGAAGUCGAUGGUGGACGCGAGCAUGGACCUUCCAGGAGGCAGUCCUCAACUCGAGGACUUUCCUGGUGGGGAACAACGAAGAGAGCAUUCCUGUUCAAGACGUCCUCAAAAUUGCGGGUCCAAUUGCGCGGCGAGCAGCGACACAAAAGACCUCCGUGCUAGGCCAGUCGUCCAGAUUCUGGGACGCGGCUGUUUCAAUGGCUGAAGCUAGCCGUGAGACUAUGCCUCUGGCAGAAGCCAUGGCUAGCGUCUGGAGGCGUCAAUGUACUGUGCUGCACGAUAUGGUAUACUCGGUGCUUGGUGUUUGCCAACUUCAAUCGGUUAUCCCAGCGUAUGACAAGCCGUUUGGACUUGUUUUGAAGGAGCUAGUGGAGGCAGCCAAUGCGAAAGGGGAUUAUUCCUGGCUUCGGUGGGCCCACUUGAUGAAGAUGAACCAACCCUCUCAUAGCUUAGUGCCCCGCCCACAGGCAGUAUUCGAUAGUCCUGCCAGCAGUAUCACAAGGUGGCAUUCGGUCCCAUUGCCAGGGCUCCCGCCUGCGCGCGGUGACUCGGAUGGCGUUUCGAUUCCUCAUCGCUCGAUUGGUGUCGUGAGGUGGCAAUCCGAUCCGCUUCCCGUACGGGAGGCAAUCCCAACGCUCGAGAAGCGAGGGCACAAUUCCGACGAGAUUUGGGAUCUAAUUUUUGGUAUGCAAGUAGGGCUAGCGUCGGAUAUGGACCGAGUGACUGGAGGGUCAGGCAUAUCGAGACCUCUGCUCAGCCUGACAGUGGCAUAUCUAGAGGGCACAGCUGCCGAGUUUAAUGAUCAUGUGGGCGAAAGGCCGUUCACACCAGGAAUAGGUUUCACGAACUACGCGUCGAUGGCUGCAAAAGUAUGGCAGGAGACGAAACUUAUAAUUUUAUGUUCACAGGGUGGAACGACUGUUGUCCGAGAGAAUGGUGGGUCAGGGAAAGCCAGGAUACACAAACUACCAAUAAUAAGCGAGGGCGGGGUUCCUCUCGGCCUUGUGGUGUAUGAUAACAAUAGGUAUAACACAGAGGGUAUCGGUGUUGUGCUUGAGAUCAAAGGCACUGGACAUGGAGCAUGGCAACUUACUGCAUUUUCUGCAUCACAAGACUGA